AUGCAAGCAGCACAAAGUAGACAUAAAAGUUACGCUGAUGUGAGACGAAAGGAUCUUGAGUAUAAUGUAGGAGGCAAAGUGUUCUUAAAAGUAGCACCUCUGAAAGGUGUUUUACGAUUUGAAAAGAAAGGGAAGUUGAGUCCUCGUUUUGUUGGAUCGUUUGAGAUUUUGGAGCAAAUUGGCCUUGUGGCAUAUUGUUUGGCGUUGCCGCCAUCACUCUCUGUUGUUCAUGACAUACUUCAUGUUUUGAUGUUGAGAAAGUACGUGACAGAUCCAUCUCAUGUAGUGGAUUACGAGCCAUUAGAGAUUGAUGAAAGUUUGAGCUAUACAGAACAACCAGUCGAGAUAUUGGCUAGAGAGGUAAAGAUGCUGAGAAAUAUAUGGACUCCUUUAGUUAAAGUCUUAUGGCAGAAUCACAAAGUUGAAGAGGCUACGAGGGAAAGAGAAGAUGACAUGAGAGCUCGCUACCUAGAGUUGUUCGAGAAAUAG